UCAACUCAUUAUUUCAUAGCAUUGCUUUCAGUGUAUUGGUGUGAUCGAAGCAAGUUUUCAGUUUUCAGUUUGUAUUUUGUCUAGAAAAGAAUAAGAAGAAGCAAUAUGUCGGCUAGGGACAAUGCCUCUGAUGCUGCUGAUCGUACAAAGUCUUAUGGGCAGGAGAAGAGCGGCCAAGCUCAACAACAUGCCCAAGGUGUGAAGGAGAGUGCUCAACAGAAGGCAGGUGAGGCGAAGGAAAAGGCUUCCCAGGCCACCCAACAGACGAAGGAGAAAGCAGGAGGAACUGCUGAAACGGCUAAGGAGAAAACCUCUCAAGCCUCCCAAACUGCUGCUGAAAAGGCCCGGCAGGCCAAGGAACAAACUAGCACUGUAUUCCAGCAGGCUGGGGAGAAGGUGAAAGAAGUUAUGCAGGGAGCAGCAGAGACUGUGAAGAAACCCUUCUCUGGAGGCAAUAAUGAGGACCAGCAGCAGUGAGCAUUGUUCAUUGUUGACUACUCAACGAUGUUUACAGUCUUGUUUAAGUGCAGUUCAUCUGCUUGUGUUUGUUCAUUGUUGACUACUAGACGAUGUUUACAGUCUUGUUUUAGUGCAGUUCAUCUGCUUGUGUUUGUGUAGUUUUUGUGUACAAUAAAAAGUGGGCGGUUGUUGUCUGUAGACAAUUCUUCGUCAAUAUCAAUCAAUCAGUUUUAUGUCAUUAUCAGUGUCUCGUCUUUGAUUCAGUUUCGCCAGCGCUUCUGGUUUUCAUCUCCAUCUUCCAUCUUAAGUGAUGAAGAUGGAUCACAAGUGGGGAGCUGUAUAGUUGCAGAUCAAAUGGAUGAAAUGUUUAUCAGAAUCUGAAGUGAAAUGUUUAUCAGAAGAAUGAAUUAAUAGUUGUUGGAAUGGGAGGAAGUGCUUUCAUCAAUGUAACGUUCCAUUUCUGUUCAAUGUAAUGUUAGGCAGUUGUUGGAAUGGGAGAAAGUGCUUUCAUCAAUGUAAUGUUUAAUUUCUGCGUAAUGUUAAUAUUAUAUGACA